CAGAUUACUAUUUUGUUGUCUUUACGAUGGGUGUUUUACCCCAGCGAAUCUUUUGUAUUUACGACCAAAUUGGCCUGUCCGCGGUUGAUCGCCACGACAAACACAAAGCCAGGGUGUCAGAUUGUCGGUAGGGCAGUGCAUUUUAUUUGAUCAAACACAAGCGUAGUGUUUUCUCGAUUUGGACUUGCAUUUUGCGUUUUGAAGUGUUUUUAUGUUGUAUAUCCGUCUGCGUUCACUGCGCAUCACCGCAGCUUGGCCAGGAAAGAACACCUGUGUGCCUUCUCUUCUGCUCUCCUGUAGUCACAUUAUGAUUGUUGAGCAGAGAACAGAUAACCCCGAGGCGCCGCGUCUGUCUUCAUUUGUUUGAUAGAACAGGAGAAGAAGCAGCGGAAACACCUCAAGCUUAAAAGCAAGCAUGGAGAGAGCAUCCCUCAUUGCCAAGAGCUGAAAUGUUAAGGUUGCAGACCGAGAGUGUCGGAUUAAAUCAGCAGACUGGUUGCUUUCAAGUGACGGACAGGAAGAGCUGCUUAACACAAAAGCCUUCGUGUGGUUUGAUGCCGCUCCCAAUCUCAGUUGUGAACAAGACGUGCAGAAUCUCCCCUCUUCUGUGAGAUUGAGCCUUGUGCAGCAGAGCCCCUAUGGAGUGGUCACUGGAGAGCGUGAGGGAGAUGGUGGCUGGAGGAAUGCAGUCUGUGAGAGAGUGCGAGAUCUGUGCUUGUGCCACACUGGUGUGUGUCCUUCUGCUGUUCUUGUGGUACUGCUACAGGGUCGGUCGGGAUCAUAGCACCAGUCCGUUGCGAGGAAGGUAUCUGAGCGGGCCCGGCAGGAUCGGAGGGGUGGUGGGGGGCUUCAUUGGCUCAGACUGUCGCAAUAGGGGCAAACCCGGAUCCAUGUUAGAGGAGCAGAACGGCUUCGCUUUUUGCCAGUCGUCCGAGUGUUUCCGCUGCACCAGCGCUGGAGAAAGUCUCAACCAGAGGCUCUAUCACAGCCUGCAGGAAUACGCCAAACGCUACACCUGGUCAGGUAUGGGCAGGGUGCACAAAGGAGUUCGCGACCAAGGCCGAUACCUUAACAGCCGACCCACCAUCCAGCGGCCUGAGGUCUUCUUCCUCCCUGACCUACCGUCAGCUCCUUUCUUCUCCAGGGAAAUUCAGAGACAUGAUGUGGAACUCCUGGAGCAGAGCUUCCCAGCCCUUCUAGCUGAGUUUGAGAGCAUCUACAAUCAACCCCCCGCCCGCAGCGGCUCCCUGCUGCCACCGGGAUGGAAAGCCAACAACACUCCUCGUGGCCAAUGGUGGACCUACUAUCUGGUCAACCAAGGCACCCCUCUGGUACUUAAUGUCAGGAGGUGUCCACGGGCCUGGCGGGUGCUGGGCCAGCUGCGCACUUUUAUCGCCAACAACAUGUUCGGAAACGCCUGUUUCUCCGUGCUGUCGCCGGGAGCGCUCAUCACCGAACAUUACGGUCCCACAAACGUGCGUCUCCGCUGCCACCUGGGUCUCCGAGUGCCCCCCUCCUGUGAGCUUGUAGUUGGUGGAGAGCCCCAGUGCUGGUCUGAGGGCAGCUGUCUGCUUUUUGAUGACUCUUUCCUCCAUAGGGCCUUCCACGAGGGGGGUCCAGAGGACGGCCUGAGGGUGGUCUUCAUGGUGGACCUCUGGCACCCCAAUGUGGCCGCCGCCGAGAGACAAGCUUUAGACUACAUUUUCACCCCAGGCCGCUUAGAGGAGAAGGAAGGCAAAUAAGUGAGCAUAUGUGAAGAAUUCUGUCCAACCAAGAGAUAGAGGUGUGUGGCGCAGACCAAAUAUUCCUCUGCUUUCAAGACCAGCUCUCACAUUCACUGUGUGGUUCAUUUUCUUUCUUUUAUCUCUGAGCUCAACUUGGGAAGCUUCACAAAUAUUUGCCACAUGUCCAUGUCAACAGCAAAUUUUAAUAUCGUUAGAGUGAGUUCCAACAGUAAUGAAGGAUUUGAAAUAAAAUAAUCAUGCGAUGCUUUCAGUUCGAUUUUAAGAAAUUAAGUUCUGUGUUGCGCUAACACAUUUGUUACACACUGUCUAUUUUGUAAUGGACAGGUAAGCGCCCAGAUCUAAAGCCAGUUGUUUUUUUUAUUUACUUAUUGAUGGCAAAAUUAAAAGGCAAAAAGGGAAGGUGGCUCCUUUGAAAGUCUGGCAAAUAAAUGUCCAGAGAAGAAACUCUUGCUAAUGUCCAUUGUACCAUCUGUUGUCAUCUGUGUGGUACUACUAAUGCAGUAAUUACAUGAAUGUUUACAUCGCAAAUGUGGCUGUGGUCGUGACUCCUGCAAUUGAGGUCACUUAAUUGCACUCACAGUCCCCACCGACUUGUACAAGACAUGGUUGAAUAAGCACAGUUCUUGUAUGACUCGAUCUGUGCAACCAGUCACAAUGAUGAGCACGUAUUUGUUCAAUUUGGCAAGGUGUGGUCAUUUGGAUCUAUUUGAUAUCACAUUUGUAUUCUUGUAAAUACAGCGUGUGAGGGUUCAACCUAAUUUGGGUGGAGAAAAAUGGUCUAUUGCUUCUAACUAUUGUGAUGUCUUGAGUUAAAUAAUUUGAUGGUCCAAACACUGUUGGUUGCAAUUUACUGAUUCUGUAAAAUAAUUUUCGAGUUGCUCUGCUGCUGAUCUUAAGAUAUUUGAUUUGAUGCAUGACCUGCAAACCAUGGAUACGUUUAUCUAACCCGAAUCCGUAUUUACACACAUCAUAAAGUAUGCGUGCUGUUUCAAAGGGCCUUUUUUUAUUUUGCACAUGAAAAAUAAUCUCAAGCAGCUUGGUGUGUUGUUUGCAAUCUAACACUGAUGUUUACAAUGUCUAAGAACAAUGGCACUCACAUUGAGCUGUCUGUUUUUAAAUUUUGACUUACGGAUGACAGUCGUCAACAUGAAGAAGAGCAUAAGUAUUAUGGCUUGUUUAGAUUUCACGGUGGACAGCAACAUUGUGGUUACGUUUGGAUUAGAGACGGUAACAAACUUUAACUCGCUUGUGGAUGCAACAGCGACCUCUGCUGUCUGAAUUGAUAAUUACAGGACACUGGUGCCUAUAAUGCUUUUGCCACCCGCGUGGCAUGGAACUACAAAGAAAAACAAUUUAAAGGACUUGGACAUGUUGAGGUGAUAGUUCGUAAUGCUAUUGUGUGAUCUUAGAUGGAUAGGACAGUAACAGUGCCUUCAAAAGUCUUUACAAACAACUUUUGAACUUUAGUAUGUCGUAUGUUGUUAUUGUGUGGGGAGUUUGAGCUAACAAAGGUUUGGUGGAAAUAACCAUCUGUAAACCAUCAAAAAUGUGUGUGGUUUUUUUUUUAAAUUGUAUUAAAAUAUUCCCAUUAUGUUGCUUCCUUGUGUAUAUUUUCAAGUGUUUCUGCACAUGUAAUAAAUGGUCAACAACA